AUGUGGAGGGGGAGCCUGUUACUUCUGCUCAUCAUCUCUCGAGUGGCUACUCUGCGAAACCAGCAAGUGGCAUCAUUGACUGAUGAAGUUGAUGAAGUGUGCGGGCAGACAUGCCAUCUCAUCGACCCGGCCGACACAAGCUACUACGUCGGAUUCCAAGAGGUGGAAGGCAGUCCGGAGGACUUGAAAGCGGGAUCCAAGUAUGAUCUCCACACAUCGCCAUGUGGAGAGACACCAGGCGAGCCGCUGAGCAGGAUCACGAUCACGCCGACAGGAUCUGGACUUGUGUCACCUGUGCCCCUGCAUGGCCUUGUGAAGGGGGAGCUCGAGCGUAAACUUGAGUGGAAUCUUGACCAUAUCGAGAAGCUCGAAGAUGGAGAAAUUCGGAUCUGCACUUCGGGCGAGCAGCCCCGAUGCAUCUGCAAGCUCGGCGCCAGCUUUUUAUUGACGAAGAAUGAAAACGAAAUAGCCAAAAGUUUUUUCCGCGCUUGCCUGCCUUUGGCAGGGUUUGCUUGUGGAAGCGGUUUUUUCUCCGGGAUCCUUUACGGUGCGUACCGCUUGAAGGACGGCUGCUUGAAGAACCCCUUCAACAAGGAACACCCGUCAAAUCCUUCCGCGGAAGACAAAUCCGCCUCAAAGUCGCCAGAGCUCUCCCUUUGUCAAAUUCGAGAUAGGUGGCUUUGGGCUUUUGGAAGCUGUCUGGUAGCCUUGUCUUGUGGCACUCCGUUCAUUGGCAUCUUAACCACCGGGGCCAUGUUUUGGCUGUACUCCUGCAGCCAGACCCAUCGACUCUUCUCGGUUGGACAGCCGCCAAAGAAACCGCUUCUUUUGCAAGUUCUGACCGAGGGCAUCCUUUGGACAAACCUGUUCCAGGCAUGCCUCUACACCGUCGUCACGUAUAUCAAGCGCUACUUGAGGUUGUUCAAGAGCGACAUCAGCAACAUGAAAGUGGUCACGCAGAAGAUCCUCGCCGAGGCAGAGGUUGGAGUCAUCGUGGUGGCCUGCACCUUCGGUUCAACCAUCCUCUGGCGAGUCUUGUUGAUCAAAGCCAUAGAGAUCGCGCAGAACGUGCAUGAACACAGGAAGAAAGCCAAAGAGAAGCUGCCUUCCAAAGCCAAAGAGAUCUGGGAGCAGCUGCAGGAUAAGUUCGACAAGUACUUUCCAAAAAAAGAGCCACCUGCCACUUUCACAGACAUGCUGCGGUUGCAACAAGAUUCCGGCGACAAGAUUGAGAAAGACAUCUUCGGAAAAGUCGACUUCUGGAGCACCGACAAUGCGCUCAUUUUCACUUCCACCUUGGUGCUCGGCGUGGCUUUGAUAGUCCUGCAGUGUCAACUGGAUUGGACAGCGGCUCAUGAGGAACGAGUGCCAAGCUACCUGGCCUGGAGGCGGCUAGGGGCAGACAGAUAUGUCUAUGCAGGGGUGUGUGGGCUGCUAACGGCAUAUGUGGCAGCUCAUCAUUGGUUCAGACUCACAUGUGCCACCGUCGGCAUUACCAGACGGUUCACGCAGCUACCCCAACGGAUGCUGCUUUUGUCCUUCCUGGCCACCACCUCGGAGCAAGUGGAAACCAAGGGAGACGAAUCGCAAGAGUCUGUGGAAGGGAUGAGGAAGUACAUGAAGGCUCAGGUCGCCAAUCUCAAGGAGGAGCAGAGCUCCAGAAAAGUCUGGAGGAAGACCCGAACUUGGAUCUUCAGACGGUGCUUUAUCUGUUCAUUGGCAAAGGGCUGA